CUAUUCACAGAGGUGUCCGUAAACAGCGCUGUACUCUAAAUCAUGGAUACCUAAAUACUUUUGUUCCGACCAAAAAAGGGAGAGAAAUACAUAUAUCUUUCCGCCGGUAGAGUGCACAAAAGAGGCAUCCAAGAGUUCUAAGACUAAUGUAGACUAGCUUUUGGAAACCUCUAGCAAGUCAAAGUUUGAUGGGAAAAGACAACAGCGUGCUUAAGUCCUACCAUACUGGGAUAACAUAUAUUUGUACUAAAUGCCACGCAGAUGCCCCAUGUGCAAUUUUAUUUAUGACGUCAAAUGAAUGCAUAAUACAGAACACAGUUCGUGCUGCUCCUGAGAGAGAGAAAAUGAGAGAAUACCGGCGCCCUACUCUGUGUGUAAUUGAUGAAAAUGGUUUUGAAAUUGCAAAAGAUGAUGAAAUAAAAGGCCUGUCCGGAAGUGACGUAGAUAAUCACGGAAAUGAAAUUAAAGUAUCGUUAAACGAUUAUUCUCGUGAUUGCAACGGAAAUGUGACGAAUGUUGAAAAUAAUAGGUUGUUGUGCCCAAAUAUAGAAAAGGAUUUGGAUUUAAGUGAACUUAAGGCAACAGCGGCUAGAUUAAAACUUUCUACGAGACGACAAAGUACAGUUGCGUGGCAGCAGAGACAUUUAAAUGCAACACGUGACCCAGUAAUACCAAAGUUCGAUUUAGACACUUUAAAUGAGCAUAAAGACGACUCAUUUACUGAAGAAAGGAAAAAAAGAAUAAAUGAAGCAUUAGCAUGGUUACGAACUGAGUUGCAACAAAUGCGGAACGAAGAUGAGGUUUUGGCACGCAAAUUAUUGUCAAUACGUCAUGAUAUACACCAGCUAAAACUACAACGGAGUUGUGAGGAACACCAGGACAUGCUUGAUGACGUCACAAUGGAUAUGGAGGAAAAUGACGAAUUACACGAGAUUUCUGAUUUUCCUAUCACAGAUUCCAUGCAUGAUACUCCUUUAAAACAUUUAGGUGUGACAAAAAUGCAUUUGAGUGCUAGAAGAUUUUCAACAUGUUGAGAUUCAGCAUAUGAAAAAAAAAAUUAAAGUGCAUGUAUUACGUAUAAGAUUGAAUUCUAAGCGCGAAGUCAGAAUCAGUGUUUACGUUAGCGCGUCACAACAACACUGCCAACCUCGUAGUGUAAGACUGACCAAAUAAUCACUGUGAAUCGGAUGAUCUGACCCUGUGUUUAGAAAUUACUUUGUAACAGCAAUGUCUCGGAGUUGUAACUGGUUGAUUUAUGAUUUAAGAAACGUCGACCAUGUGUAUAGUUUCAGAUCAUUUGUCAUUCGGAGCCUGUGCAAUUUUCAUAAGCCAUUAUGUUGACAGCUAUUUCCGUCACUUAUCAUACCGUGAUGUUUGAAGUGUUUUUAUUAUAUCUCAAAAUUAUAUUGUUUAAAUCAUGUCAAACAAUUUUGUAUGAUGUGAAAAUUCACUGUGAAAGUUUUAUGUGAAUAAACAGAUAUUUAUAGAUGGCAUAUAGAAAGUGUCACAGAUAUCAUAAUUGUACAACUGAAAUUAGGUCUUGCUCAUCAAAAUGUUACAUAGGCUAAUUGUUUCACUUUAUUAUCAAAAUCUACAUUAAAUACAUAAAAUUAGA